AUGCAGAGGGAUGUGGUCAAGUCAAUCGAGGUUAAGGAGAGCGCUGUACAGAUUUUCUCCGAUUAUUGCGCGUCAUAUUUCCCCAACACUGUUUUCGCUGGGAACUGUCGAUCGUGGUAUAAGACUGGUAGUCGAGAUGGAAGAAUUUCGGCGCUGUGGCCCGGCUCCUCGCUGCACGCAAUGGAAGCCCUUACCCACCCUCGCUGGGAAGAUUACGACUACCAGUAUCUGGACAACAACACUGUUUCGUGGCUAGGUGAUGGCUGGACUAAGGCUGGAAGGACGGACGGUUCGAACCGGAGCUUCUAUUAG